AUGGCCGAACAGCGAUAUAAGGAGCAGCCGAACGCCACCAUGGAGACGAAAGUCACCGGACAAGGCCAGCCAAAACGUGUGGGACGCUGGACACUCGCUCAACUCAGGCAAACAGACGGUAUAAUACCAAGCCAAGCAGGAUGGAACAAAGGAGAUUCGCAGAAACUUAUGACCAACUUUGGUACGCCACGAAACACAGCCACCCGUGUCAAAGCCGAGAAUCUGCAGGAAAUUCCCGAAGAAAUUGCCCAGCGCACACACGGUGAAGUACGUCUACAGUCCGGUACAAACAAAUUCAGUUCGCAACGCGGUAUGACUGGUUUCGGUACUGGACGUGAUGUAUGCCGAGAGGGUAAACACGUAAACACCAAUCCAUCCGAUUUAUCGGUAAGUCGGCAAAUGAUUGUGCACAAGCUGGAAAUACAAGCUGUGAAAAUUACGAACGUUGAGGCUUUUUAUCACAAUAAUCUUGAUGUUAGCGCGAAAUCUUAUCGCUAA